CCUGAGCGUUUAGCACCGUCGUGUCCAGAUUGUCCAGCAGUUUGAUCUAGACACUGAACGAACUCUACUUUUCAACUUUACUCACUGGAAGAAGCAGAUGAAGUCUGAGGCCGAGGUGCCACAGGCAACGUCAGGACUGUCACAGUAGAUACCGAGCCACAGAUCACGUCUGGAGUAUCUGUGAAACAUAUGCAGUGAUUUAUUUUUUUCCUUCCAUACAUAUUCAGAGACGCUGAGUCCCAUUCAAUGAUGUCAGCGGCGUGUUAACGUGCCUCAGAGACCACUGUGUAUCUGCAGAGCUCAUCUGGCCUAGUUGGAGAGCUCCUGCCAAGGUCCUCAUAUUUGAAAACCAAGCAAAAAUGGCGCCUGCUGUCGGUGGACCUCAAGGCUACACGCCACCUGAAGGCGGCUGGGGGUGGAUGGUGGUGAUCGGGGCUUUCAUAUCCAUAGGCUUCUCUUAUGCGUUCCCCAAGUCCAUCACAGUCUUCUUCAAAGAGAUUGAGGUGAUCUUCGAUGUGACCAGCAGCCAGGUGUCCUGGAUCUCCUCCAUCAUGUUGGCGGUGAUGUAUGGCGGAGGUCCCAUCAGCAGCAUCCUGGUGAAUAAAUAUGGGAGUCGUCCUGUUAUGAUGGCUGGAGGAUGUCUGUCUGGAUUGGGCCUCGUUGCUGCCUCGUUCUGCAAGUCUGUCGAAGCACUGUACUUUUGUAUCGGUGUGGUCGGAGGUUUGGGUUUGGCCUUCAACCUCAACCCAGCCCUCACCAUGAUUGGAAAAUACUUCUACAAGAAGCGUCCUAUUGCUAAUGGCAUUGCCAUGGCUGGCAGUCCUGUGUUCCUCUCCACCCUGGCUCCUUUAAACACCUGGUUCUUCGACCAGUUUGGCUGGAGAGGAAGUUUCCUGAUCCUCGGUGGCUUGCUCUUCAACUGCUGCGUUGCCGGAUCCCUCAUGCGCCCAAUCGGACCCAAAGCGAAACCAGUGGAGGAGACCACAGAGAGUAAGACUGUGAUCCAGACCAUCAACAGCUUCAUUGACCUCUCUUUGUUCAAGCACCGAGGGUUUUUGCUUUACAUCCUGGGCAACAUCAUCAUGUUCUUUGGCCUCUUUGCUCCUCUGGUGUUCCUCAGUAAUUAUGCCAAGAGUAAAGACAUCCCUAAAGAAAAAGCAGCUUUCUUAUUGUCUGUGCUGGCCUUUGUCGACAUGGUAGCCCGGCCCUCAAUGGGCAUAGUGGCAAACACCAAAUGGGUGCGGCCCAGAAUACAAUACUUCUUUGCUGCCUCUGUGCUGUACAACGGUGUGUGCCACGUCCUAGCUCCCAUGUCAGUAGACUACAAAGGAUUUGUCAUUUACGCCAUCUUCUUUGGGUUUGCAUUUGGCUGGCUGAGCUCAGUGCUUUUUGAGACCUUAAUGGACCUCGUGGGAGCUCAGCGCUUCUCCAGCGCUGUCGGCCUGGUCACUAUUGUAGAGUGUGGACCUGUGUUGCUGGGCCCCCCUUUGCUUGGAAGGUUCAAGGACAUCUAUCAUGAUUACAAGUACACGUACCAGGGCUGUGGGGUCCUUCUCAUCGUCUCCAGUGUUUUCCUGUUUGCAGGGAUGGGACUCAACUACCGGCUGCUGGACAAAGAGAAAAUAGAAGAGGAGAGGAAGGCCAGUGUGGGAGGUAGAGAAGUCCAAGAGGAUCAAUGCUGCUAAGGAAGUGGCGGACACGAGGAAGACAGACGACACAGUCUAACAUUCUGCACCACGUUAGGUUACAGUUUUUCCAAUUUAAUAUUGUCUGUGAGAUGUAUAUUCAUAUUCAUUAAGAUAUAGGAUGCUUGCACGAAGCAGUACAGAGAAACACAGUCUUCUAUGACUCCUCGGUUUCAUAAUGCAUUGUUUUUGAGCACCACCAUUUGCAAAACCGUGUAAAAUAUUUACACACCUAUUAAAGCCCUUUAAACUUGUAUAAACAAUUCACAUAUAAUACCGCUGAUAUUCUUAUAUGGACUAGUAUAAUGGGUUUCGACUAUUUCAUUUUGCUUUGCCUUUUAUGUCACUAUAUAUUAAUAUGUUGUUUUUUAUCUUAGAUUGUAUCACUCUAACUUUACUGCAGCAUAUUAUAUUAGCUAGUUUAAAAUAUUAAUAUUCUAAAAAGCACCAUCUUAUAAUCAAGGUUUUUUUCAUUAAGGAACAUAAUGAACCCUAUUUGCAGUUUCUGAAGGUUUUAAAACAAUCUCCAUUCCACAAUAUUCUAUAUUCCACAAAUGUGUUUAUGAAAACUCAAAUCCUCUUAUAAACUUGUUUGAUCUUUGGUUAGUUUUUGAGGGUUUUUGAGGGCAUUGAACCUUGUUACAUAUUCACGAUAGGAAAUGUGCCACUGACUACAAGUUCAUGUAAGUGAAACACAUUUCAGAAAAUUAAAUAAACAACAUAAAAUAAUGUCCCAUGUAUCCUCUGUAUAUAUUCUCAAACUGCCCAGCAGAGCCAUGCAUUCGCUUGAUACUGAAGGCAGAUUUACAAAACGCAGGAGGAAUCAGCUUUUCAACAUGGAUCAGGAGGUUUUGGUUGUUGCUCAAGUAAGAAUACUUUCAGAGAGGUAGCUGUAGCUGUAGUAAUAUCUUCCUUUGGACAAUUCAGAAGUGCUGUAAAAAGGACCUGCUAUUCAUGCUGGACUAUUCUGUACAAAACUGCUUUUUCCAUUGUGCUUUCUCUAUAAGAGAAAUGUUUAAAAAUGAUAUUGAAUUUCAGGACAC